UAUAAGGCUGCCGUGAAUGCUCCCAAGUACUAGCACCAAGGCUGGAGGCUUGGACACCGACUUGGGUCGCAUUCGUGCGUGCAGGAUCCCCGGUGCAGUCAUGAAUUUCGACAAACGAAUUUUGGUCAUCUUGCUAUUGGCGUUUACGUGUGGAAGUCACAGCUCAGGGACCCCAUCUGACCGGAAGACCGACCUGUUCACAAAGAUGCUUCGGCUAGGAGUCAGCUAUUUAAAAUUGGAUCCCAUGGCGCUACCCGACCAAACGGUGGAUUUUUCUUUCUUCGGCCAAGCGUUGCUGCUCGAAGGAUCAGUCUCAGGCCUCCGAUCGCUUACGCGGACAGGCACGAACAUUGUACGAGCCGAAAACGGUACCUUCCGCGCCAGCAUAGACGUGGGCACUCAGCAACUGCUUGUAAACUACACGGCCUUGAUAAAUGCUGCGAGUUUAAGCCACCUGGUCGCGUACAUGUCCGCCUCCGUUAGUGCAACCAGGAUGACCGUCCAGCUCAAUGAGACUGAUGCCGGUGAACUUCAACUCGGGGGUUUUGAACUAAUUAAACUCGAUGGACUGGAGGUUAAGCUUGACGCAGUAAAGCAUGGAGACUUUCUGAUUAACACCAUUAUAAAUACUGCUACAAAGCUCUUCAGCGGCGUCUUCCGGAAGAUAACUGAACAAAUGAUUGUCAAAGCAGUCAGAACUCAUCUCAAAGAGAUAAACAAUCUUCUGUCUGCACAAUCGUAGGCUAAAGCCACUUGGUAAUGUGACUAUCAAUGAUGAAUGAAUAUGUUGGAAAGAAUAAAGCAUACUCUAAAAAUA